AUACAACUCGUGACAAACCUGCCGAAUCGCAUCAUGCUUCCAGUGCCUGCACUAGAAUUUUCAGGAACCACCUUGGCAGGCUCUCGUUGUCGCCAAGCACAUCACCCCGCUUUCCCCAUCUCAGCUCACAGCUUCCCUCCCCGUAACUCCACGCGAAGUAGAUUGGCUACACGAACCCCUCUCGCCCCUCCCCACGGUGACUCAGGUCUAUAAUCUCACCAUGCCCGGCGACCGUAGUCUGCACAAGACCGACCCCGUCAAGCCCUUCAAUCUCUCCUCCCCGGCGGGAAAAGACAUCUGGCGCAAGCCCCCCUCGCACAACGUCAUCGAUGCUCCCACUUACCCCUCUCCCCUCCCCCAAUACGACCUAAAAUCCUUCCAAAGAGCUCGCCUCACCUUCUCCCUUCCACCGGGCAAAGACCUCCGCCAGUACGACCAAGCCGGCCUGCUCCUCUCCUUCACCCGCGACGACGCACCCCUCGGCUCCGGCAAGGACAAGUGGCUCAAAACCGGCAUCGAGUGGUACUACGGAAAGCCGUAUCUGUCGACCGUGGGCUGCGACAACUGGGCCGACUGGAGCAUUGCCCCUCUCCAAGAGUUCGCCGGGAACGAGAGCCGUCCGACUGCGACGCUUGAGGUGAGGCGGGAGAGGGACCAGCUUGGAAAGAGUCUGUGGGUGUAUCAGAUUGUCGAGAAUGAGAAGGGGGAGGAGGUGGAGAGACGCCCGUUGAGGGAGGUUAAUUGGAUCUUUGCGCUGGACGAGGAGGGCUGGAAGGUUGGGGUUGGAGGGGCGGUCGCGAGGCCGAACAAGGAGGGUGGGGAGGAAGAGUUGACGGCGGAGUUUGAGAAAGGGUUGGUGGUGGAGCUGCUGGAUUAUGAGAAGAAGGUGUCAGAGUGAGUGGCGAGGGGAAGUAUGCAAGAUAAGAUGUGUUGAGCAUUAUCAUAUGCUCUUUAAGCUUUGCCCUCUUUUAUUGUUACUGAAUACAAUGGACGUGAG